UGAUUUGAAACAGUCAACAUGGACUUUUCACGUCUACACACGUACACUCCUCCCCAAUUUCUGCCAGAGAACACUGGCUAUACAUAUGCACUCAGUUCAAGUUAUUCUUCAUCUGCUUUGGAUUUUGAGACUGAAAACAAAAUAGAUCCAGUAUUUGAUUCGCCAAGAAUGUCACGGCGUAGUUUACGGUUAGCUGCUGCAGGACUUAAAUCAGAUGAUGCACAAAGUGAUAUCCUUCAUGACACCUCUUAUGCCAGAAACAUGUCCUUCAGAGAUCAGUCUUCUAAGACGGUGAAGCAACGCAGAAGUAUGAAUAAACAAUCUGACAGCAUAAGACACACACCAAGGAAAAAUCUAUCCAGCUCUUCCAUUUUUAGCCAAAGCAGUUUCAAUAGCCAUGCCAGUGAUGCAUCAAUGGUAUCCACUGUAUUGGAUGAAUCUUUGAUUCGAGAGCAGACAGAAGUUGAUCAUUUCUGGGGUCUUGAUGAUGAAGGCGACCCUAAAGGUAGUGAUACUACGCUGAUGCAGGGAAAUGGCGAUAUAGCAACAGCAGAAGCGCAGAACACAAUGAUCAAUGGCUACACUUGCAGUGACUGCAGCAUGCUUUCUGAACGGAAGGAGGUUCUUACAGCAUACUCGGCUUCUCAUGUGCCAUCUUCCAGAAUUUACUCCAGGGAUAAGAGCCAGAAACAUGCAUCUAGAGGAACCUAUUUCUACAUGAGUAAGAUUCUGCGAUUGGUCAAACAUGCUGCAGCAUCUUUUGCAUCACUAUUAGUGCAACUAUUUCAAAUGGUUUUGCUGAAGCUGGGUUAUGAAUUUAAAGCUCACUCGGACUAUUGUGGAAGCAUGAAUGUAAAGGAGUUUUACAGAGAAGAUAGCCAUCUUGGUGUAAAUGAGGAAUCAAUAUGUGAUGACUGUAAGGGGAAGAAACAUCUUGAAAUAUACACCACAGACCACAUGCAAUCCUCAUGGGCUAAAAGGGUAGCAAGGACCAUUUGGCACACCUUUUCUUAUGCAGGUUACUUUAUGCUUCACAUGUUGCAAACAGUGGGAGCAACAGGAUGGCUUGUGUCUCAGAAGGUGGUGUCUCUACUUUGGCUGGCCGUUCUUUCUCCAGGGAGGGCAGCUUCUGGCAUGUUCAGGUUGCUUAGAACUGGGUGGUAUCAACUCAUUACUCUGAUGUCUUUGCUCAAGGUGUUUCUUCUUAGAAGAUGCCUUCCAAAGAUCUACAAGCUAUUACUGUUUCUUAUCCCACUCCUGUUUCUACUAGGUAUAUGGUUCUGGGGGUUUGAUGGCUUAGUUUCAUUAUUACCUUCAUUGAACUGGACAAGAAUUGACAGGAUACAGAGAAUAGAUGACUCUAUUCAUCUUCCUGAACCACAGGCUGAUUCUUUUCACUCUGUGCAAUCUCCAGAGGAUACCAUAAAUAUCUUUGAUUCUGGUCGUGUAAGUGAGCUGGAAAAGCAAAUGGCCUUCGUGUCUGACAGAUGCCAUCAUCAUGAUGAAGAAUAUAGCAAAGUGAUGCUUCUGCUCCAUAAUCUUCAAGAUCAGGUUGCCCAGAUGAGUGACAAAAGUGAAACAUUGAAGCUAAUAAAAAACGUGAUGGGUCAACAUCUUAAAGAUAUGAAACUGGAGGAGAAGACUGAUUUGCUGGCUUUACAUCAAGAACAUGAGUUGCGCAUCCUGACACUGGAAGACCUUCUUGGAAAACUCUCUGCUGAAUCCAAGGACAUCCAGAAGGAACUUGACAUAGCCAAAGCAAAAACAGUGAGAGAUGAUGAUGAACAUAGUCAACUUUGGACAAAAGUUAAACAGCUAGAACUAGAGUUAUCACGGAUGAAAUCGGAGCUGUUAACUGGGGAAAGUGUGAAGUCGAGUUGUGAGAAAAUAGAUGCCAUUCAUGAAAAAGUAGAUGCCCAGGUCAAAGAAUCUGUCAAGCUAAUGCUUUUUGGUUAUCAAGAAGAAGACUUUCCCGAAUCGCUUCUCCAAUGGCUGACAUCCAACUUUGUGAGCAAAAGUGAUCUGCAGACUUUGUUGCGGGAUCUAGAGUUGCAGAUCCUCAAGAAUAUUACUCUCCAUAUGUCUGUCACAAACCAAAAACUAACAUCUGAAGUAGUAACAAAUGCUGUGACUAAUGCAGGGAUUUCUGGAAUCACAGAAGCGCAAGCACAGAUUAUUGUAAACAAUGCACUGAAACUCUACUCUCAAGACAAGACUGGUAUGGUGGAUUUUGCCUUGGAAUCUGGAGGUGGCAGCAUUCUGAGUACUCGCUGUUCUGAAACCUAUGAGACCAAAACAGCAUUAAUUAGCCUCUUUGGAAUUCCUCUGUGGUACUUCUCUCAGUCUCCCAGAGUGGUGAUUCAGCCGGACAUGUAUCCAGGAAACUGCUGGGCUUUCAAAGGAUCACAGGGGUAUCUUGUAGUUAGACUUUCAAUGAAGAUUUAUCCAACUGCCUUUACAGUGGAACACAUACCAAAAACACUUUCACCAAGAGGAAAUAUCACCAGUGCUCCUAGGAACUUUUCAGUAUAUGGUCUAGAUGAUGAGUAUCAAGAAGAAGGCAAGCUUCUAGGGCAGUAUGUCUACAAUGAAGGAGGAGAACCACUGCAGAUGUUUCCAGUGAUGGAGAAAAGUGAAAAUGCAUUCCAAAUAGUGGAACUGAGAAUUUUUUCUAAUUGGGGACAUGCAGAAUAUACAUGCCUUUAUCGGUUCAGAGUGCAUGGGAAACCUGCUGAAUAAUCUCCUACACUACAGCUUGGGUUGGUUUUGUUGUUGUACAUUUUGUUCUCAAUUUGUAUAUACUGGAAAGCCUAGAACACUGGAAUCUUUAAAGGACGAGGAUGCAAGAUAUAUACUGCAGAACUAUUGAUCCUCUGAUAAAGGCAGAAGACUGUCAGCAGAACUGUAUAAAAAAAAAUUUUUUUAUUUGCUCUAAUGCUCAGCUUGUGAUUGCCAGUUAGCUUUAUAUUUUUGUGUCCAUGCUGAGAGAAAUAAUGCAUGCAAGCUACUCUGGUUCAUAAAGCCCAGUUGGCAAACAGGUGACACCUAUUUUAUUACAAAUGAAUGUAUAGGGUUUUUUAAAAGAAUAAACCACACUUUCUGCAA